CAGGAGGGGAGGAACCUUGUUUGGCGGAGAGGGGAAGGACAAAAGAAACUUGAAACUGGCUUUCCUUGUGGCAUGUCAGUCCUGAACACCCCCCCCUCUUCCCCACCCCCUGCUCGUUAAAUGAAAGCACCUGAGGAACACGAGAUUGCCUGCGUGAGAGGGAGGGCUGGUGCUGGACUGGGUGAGGGAGCAGAAAGGCGACUUGUGGCUUUGUGGUGUGGCUUACACUGAGAUCAGAGCUAGCGUGCCUGGGGGUGGGAGCAGGAGGAGAAAGGGCACCUGAUGCCAGCUGCCAAUAUGACAGAAACCCUGCAGCUCCCUGCCCUGCAAGUCCCAGAGCAGCAGGUGGUGGAGGGCAGCCGUGCCUGGUCCAGCUCAUCCACCCCCACCCUGCGCAGGAAGCGCUUCAAGAUGAGGCGGAUGAAGAAUGUGCAGGAGCAGAGCCUGGAGGCCGGCAGUUAUCAGCAGGAUUCUCCUUCCUCCAGCAAGGAAUACCUGCAGCUCCCAUCCAUUGAGAUCACCCCCUCCAGUGAUGAGGACACUCCCUGGUCCAACUGCUCCACACCCAGUGCCUCCCCGCGCCGCAAGCGCUUCCUUCUGCGGAAGUGGCUGCGUGUCAGAGAGAAGAAGGAGUGCAGUGAGAGCAGCAGCCAGCAGAGCAGCCAGCAGAGCAGCCACGAUGACGACUCGUCCCGGUUCUUGAGCCCUCACACUCGUGACGACAGUACUGCCAGUAACUCAAACCGCAGCACGCCUGCCUGCUCCCCCAUCCUGCGCAAACGCUCCCGGUCCCCAACACCGCAGGACUCCCAAGGAGACACCAUGGUGGAAAAAGGCUCAGACCACUCGUCAGACAAAUCCCCUUCCACGCCGGAGCAGGGUGUACAGCGGAGCUGUUCCUCUCAGUCGGGCCGCAGUGGGGCCAAGAACUCCAAGUCACACAAGCGCCUCUCCAAAAAAAGCCAGAGUUGGUAUAAUGUAUUGAGUCCGACCUACAAACAACGGAAUGAAGAUUUCAGGAAACUCUUCAAACAUCUUCCCGACACGGAGCGCCUCAUUGUAGAUUACUCAUGUGCGCUACAAAGAGACAUUCUCCUGCAGGGCCGCCUCUACCUCUCUGAAAACUGGAUCUGCUUUUACAGCAACAUCUUCCGCUGGGAGACGCUGCUGACAGUUCGCUUGAAGGAUAUCUGCUCGAUGACCAAGGAAAAAACAGCACGGCUCAUUCCUAACGCCAUCCAAGUUUGCACUGACACUGAAAAGCACUUUUUUACUUCCUUUGGGGCUCGAGACAGGACGUACAUGAUGAUGUUCAGACUCUGGCAGAACGCUCUCCUUGACAAGCCUCUCUGUCCAAAGGAGCUCUGGCACUUUGUCCACCAGUGUUAUGGGAACGAGCUGGGUCUGACCAGCGAUGAUGAAGAUUAUGUGCCUCCUGAUGAUGACUUCAACACAAUGGGUUGUAGCUGUACUGAGAGGUGUAAACAUAAAAACCUGUGUUCUCUGUGGCGUCUCAGCUACUGUGAAGAAAUCCCUGUGGAAGAGAAUGAAGUCAAUGACAGCUCUUCAAAAAGCAGCAUGGAGGCCAAGCCAGAAGCUAGCCCUCAGCUGCCAAAGAAAUCAGUAACUGCCAGCACACUGACAUCCACAGGGAGCAGUGAAGCACCAGCCUCGUUUGAUGGGGUGCUACCAGAAGAGGAGGAGGUGGUAGCAGAGAGUCCUGUGGAAAAAGACCUUGGCAUUGCAAAUAUCAUGGGAGAGAAAAUAGAGAUCAUUGCCCCUGUGAACUCCCCUUCCCUGGACUUCAAUGACAACGAGGACAUUCCCACUGAGCUCAGUGACUCAUCUGAGACCCAUGAUGAAGGUGAAGUCCAGGCAUUUUAUGAGGACUUGAAUGGCCGUCAGUAUGUGAACGAAGUGUUCAACUUCAGUGUGGACAAACUGUAUGACUUGCUCUUCACGGACUCCCAAUUCCAGAGGGACUUCAUGGAACAGCGCCGGUUCUCCGAUAUUAUCUUUCACCCCUGGAAGAAAGAAGAAAAUGGCAAUCAAACCAGAGUGAUCUUGUACACCAUUACCCUCACCAACCCUCUGGCUCCCAAAACUGCCACUGUCACUGAGACACAGACAAUGUACAAAGCCAGCCAAGAAAGCGAGUGCUAUGUCAUAGAUGCAGAGGUGCUAACUCACGACGUCCCCUACCAUGAUUAUUUCUACACCAUUAACCGCUACACAUUGACUCGUGUUGCCAGAAACAAAAGCCGACUCAGGGUUUCCACAGAGUUACGUUACAGGAAGCAGCCUUGGGGGCUGGUAAAAUCCUUCAUUGAGAAGAACUUCUGGAGUGGCCUAGAAGAUUAUUUCCGUCAUUUAGAAAGUGAAUUGACCAAAACAGAGAGCACAUACCUGGCUGAGGUCCACAGACAAUCCCCCAAAGAGAAGGUGAGCAAGCAAUCUACAGUCCGCAGGAGGAAACGGGCCCAUGCCCAUCUGCGGGUGCCGCACUUGGAGGAGGUGCUGAGUCCAGUCACCACCCCCACGGAUGAGGAGGUUGCUCACCGAAUCAAGCACGUGGCAGGUUCCACACAGACGAGGCACAUCCCCGAGGAGAGCCCCAGUGGCUUCCACCUGCAGAGCGUUUCCAAGCUGCUCCUCGUCAUCAGUUUUGUGAUCUGUUUCAGCCUGGUGUUGCUGGUCAUUCUCAAUAUGAUGCUGUUCUACAAACUUUGGAUGUUGGAAUAUACCACCCAGACGCUCACAGCGUGGCAGGGCUUGAGGCUACAGGAAAGGUUACCCCAGUCGCAAACAGAAUGGGCCCAGUUACUAGAAUCCCAGCAGAAGUAUCAUGACUCAGAGUUACAAAAAUGGCGUGAGAUCAUCAAAUCCUCUGUGAUGCUUCUAGACCAGAUGAAGGAUUCACUAAUAAAUCUCCAGAAUGGCAUCGGGUCCCGGGACUUCGGGUCAGAUCCAGAGGAGAAACGGAAACGUUUCCACUAACAGGCAGGAAUACAGGAGGCCAGAGGACGGUGUGCAAUAUGUGUAAAUAGGAUAUAUAAAUAUAUAUAUAUAUAUAUAAAUAUAUAUACAGAAUAUAAAUAUAUAUAUUAUAUACAGAUUUUAAGAGAAAAAAAAACAAAACAAAAAGCCUACGUACUGAGAGGAAGGACUGACCUCCAACACUGGCUGAAAUGGAGGGUCUCAGUGGUAGUGUGGGGUGUGUGUGUGCGUGUGUGUGUCUAUGGGAGGGCUGUGCUCUCCUGGCACUGAGGUUUGCUUAGGGAUGCACCCAGGUGUGCAACCCUGGGCCUGUUUGCAUCACUGUUCUGUAAUAUUCCUGGCUGUCCGUCUGUCUGUCUGUUCUGUUUGUUGUUUCAAAGGGAAGCAUCAGAGUGAAUGCCCCUCCCCUCCCUGCGCAUGAAGGUCCCUGACUGAUGAUAUGUAUCUACACAUAUAAAGGGAACACUGUCAACUUUCUUACCUUGCUGGCUUCAGGGCAGAGAGGUUUUGGCAAUCACCAUCGAUCCCUUACAAAAUGAUCCCCCCAUUUGGAGAGAAAGGCCUCCAGAGGAAUUGCUGUAGGUCUGUGGAGAGCAGGUCUCCCUGGCAAUCAUCUUCUAUGUCUCUUGGAGCAGAAAUGCAAUUUGCUGCCAUGCUGGUCAGCCUGGUUCAGAGAGCAAAGCACAGAACGUAAACAAGCCUGAAAUGCUUCCUCCAAACACUUAGUUUGCCUCCUCCUGUAAAUUGAUAGUGCAUUAAUAACCAAGGAGAUGGAAGGGAGCAGGAGUGUCUGCCCACACGGUGCUCAGAGGGAGGAGAGCCACACUGCAGAAAGCACACUUCCAUUUCUUUUGACAGUGUCCCCUUUACUUUUGCUGUGGUUCUCUGCUUUCUGUGUGCUUGGGCCCCUGCCAUUAAGCCAUCCCUGUGCUGAAGAUCUACAUCGGUGCUGACAAGGGCUGCCUGUGGGACUUUCUCCAACAGGGAGAGUGGCCCAGCUUCAAAAGAAAACCAAAAUGAGUAUUGAUAUGUGAGCAUUCCUUCCUGCCAAGCUGGGUGCUGUUAGCACAAUGUGGAGUGGGAGUGCUAAGGAAACAGCAGAACUGCUCUUACUGUCCUGCUCGGUGAAUUUACCUCUCAUCCCUGGUCUGUGAGAUGGUUUUGCUCGUACCUCUCAGCUCUCACCUUUACUUCUGUGCUACGUAGGAAAAGAAUUUUCAUCCUUGAAGACAGAAAAAGUGCUGCCAAGGGGUGUGGGAUGGACCUGAGUGUUGUCCACAAUGUAAGGCAGUGACUGGGAUCACUCCUAAGCUAGACAGCACUGCAAUGGCUCCUUAAGCAAGUCAGGUGGCAGAUGUGUUACAAAAACAGUCUGCAUUUUUACUUCUUCCAUGGCAUUUCUCCAUAUUCCCAUUAGCAGCCACAUGAAGGGCAGAGGGACUGUGCACUGGGUGGGAUGGGGGGUGCCCGAGUAAGCAAUUAAUAAAUGCUUUGUAAUCUUACCCAGCCAGGUAGGUUAGGUGAUGGGUGAGGCACUCAGUCUCCACCUUUGUUCAGAACCUUUGUUCAGAACCAGGCCAUGUCCACCUCCAGGAAGGAGUCAGCUGUGUGUUCCCCACAAGAAAUGCUGCAGGUCUCAUGUAUUCAGUGGUCUUUAGCUCUAACUGGCACUGAAAAAGCAGGGAACAUAAGGGUGAGUGAGUGUUUAUUUGCAUCUUGGAAUAGCAGGAACACUAAUCCAUGCAGCUGGGGAAAACCCUCACAGCUUUCACAGCCCAACCAGGGCAAGGUACCACUGUUAGAAUAACCUGCUGAUUUCUCCCAGCCUGCCUAAUAAUUGAAUGACCGAAUGCUAGACACAGUAUGACUCAGAGAAGACGACUCACAAACAGGUUAUUGAAUGCACUUAAAAGACUGUGAAAGCAAGGUACAAUUGGCAAUGCCUCGGGAACUAGGGAGUAACUUGUAUUUAUGACUGUUUCAUUUCAUGCUGCUGACUACUGUGCUGCUCCCUGACUUCUUCCAGGGAUGCUGCUCAAAUGGCUGCUAUACAAUGAAUCUGAGCUGCUAGAGCCUGAGAAGGGCAUUCUGCUGCUCUCACCUUGGGACCAGGGGGCCCCAGUUCCCUGCUGCUGAUUUGCCACACUGGCUGAGAUACCCCUUUGCAUCUCCCACAGUUGCUAAGCACAGAAGAAAGCUUUGCAGCCCAUCUUUCCCCCUCUUUUAGUAUUUAGGGUUCAAAAUAAAUGCCAGUAGCUGGAAAAGGCUGCUUACCGAUCUGACAUUCCCUUUGCUUAAGUGUGCAUCCUCCUCCCUAUGCAGCAUCACUGCAGACCAUGGUCACGUUGGGUUCUGGAUGUUCCCACUGGUACAGCUUCCUUGGGCUUGGCCUUAGAGACAAAUUAAUGUCAGGUUACACACAGGCUGCUGUAAAAGCAUUCAUCACUACUAUUCAUUUUGCCUGCACGUUAAACUGGGUUUAAUGUGUUUGAAGUAAAUAAUCUGGCAAACAAAGCUGGGUUUGGAUUUGCUGGAUUUUGGCAGCUACAAAAGAGACUGGCAAAGAAACGUGGCUCCAGCCAAACGUGCACAUUGAUGCCAACAGAGAGGAGCCAAUUUGUGCCAAGUUAAGAUGCCACCAUCAGCAGGAGGGAGAUGACAGAGCUCUGCCUUGCCUGUUUGUCACCUGCUCCUGUAGGAGAAUACACCACUAACCCUAGCUUGAUAGAACUUCAAUAAAUACCUUUUAAUGGUUACCUACAAGGAAAUGUUUGGGUUAUGGCAGCUGGGAUGAGCUCAAGUUGAAUUAUUUGAGCACUUUUCCCAUCAGACAGGCCCUGUUUGUUUCAGAAGCUCACUUGGGUGAGAUGGGGACAGACUCACCUCCUGCUCACCCCCUCAGCACCAACCUACAUAGCCUACACCUAUCUGCUUUUCCCCACCUUUAUAGGAGGCAGUAGAGAGUUCAAUUUCCAAUUAGCAGCUGGGAACACUUAAGAUGAGACCUCCUAGAUGUGCUCUGCAGUGAUUUCUGUGCAGACAGAGGUGACAGGUAGGCCUGCAAUACACCAAAGCUGUGUAAAACACCUGCAAGCCUCAUAGUUUGGCUGCAUAUAAGAAGUGUGUCUCUAUGCUUGCUCCCAGGUGAGGUAUGUACCAAACUAACCAUGUUCCAGCAUACCAUCAGGUAACUCUCUGAGUUUCCUUUUCCCAACCAGGAUAACAGGCUGAUGACUUUCUAAUUUAGAAGGCAGGGAUUUCUGGCUCCACAGGAUGCUGACAUUGGCACAAAGCUCAAACUGCAGACCUCAGUGCUUGCAGCUGGAGGCAGGAGGGGCAAUUCCGUCCCAUUUCUCAGGGCAGCUGGCAGAGCUGUGUUGGCAGAACAGCUCUGAGGGAUGUGCUCAACCCAGACAGUUCUGCUGCCAUGGAGAAGUUCUGUGGUGGGUUCAUGUAGAUUCUGGCUUGGUCUUUUCAGACAGUCUCAGCAGGGGCUUGUUUAAAAACAAUACACAAAUAACAGAGACUCUUAAACCAAAGCACCCGAGGUAAGUAGCUUGCAAAACAUCUGUGUCGGUGUAGUUGCUGAGGUGUGACUGUGCUGACUUUUGGGCCCGUUCCCUCUGCCUGGCAUGCUCUGAUCUCCGUGCUUUGCACCCUCCCCUGCACGAGUCUCUUUGUGCCAUAAUACCUUUCUUUCUGAGAUGUGCACACUGGCCAAACAAUAUCCUCAUGUCUUUACUGACUGAGAUUAUCCCCUUACCCAGCCAGACAGCAUGGGCUUCAACCCUCUGCAUGGAUCCUGCUGUGCCAUGCUCCCCUCUCCCACACGUUCUGCAGUGCUUGCUAUGGCUUUUCCCUCUCCCCACACCCCUCUCUGCUGCCAGACAAUCAUUCCCCUUAGUCGUGGAUGGACUGACCUGGUGCUGUCCCUGCUUGCCUUCCCUUGAUGCAGUCUGUACGCCCCUUUUAAGUGAAUGUGUUCUGUUUGUUUUCUUAAUUUCUUUCUUUUUCAGUAGGGAAAAAACAAAAGACUUCCUUCUGCGGAAGGAGUUGUAUUUGCACAUGGCUCAGGGAGGAACCUCCUCUGGCCGUUUCUGUUACCUCACUCAUGUAGGCCAAUUCCAUUGCUAACGUUAAAUGGCCACCCUUCCCCAACCCAAACUGCAAGAAUCAUUAGGGAAUAAAACAAACGUGCAGCUCAGCCCAAGCUGCCCCAGCAGCAUUAGGAGGUGGGAGAAAAGCUGUUGCAAAACAGCUCUAUCAGCAAUGAAGUGGAGCCUGUGCCACACUUUGCAAGCCCACCUCCCUUGGAAUAGCACUUAGCAGAGCAGAUACAGCAGCACUAACCUGACUCUUGGCCCGACGAGCUCAGAGCAGAGGGAGGAGCAGCAGAACCGUCGCAUCUCUGACCACCAGGACUGGCACUGUGUGGCUGUGGCACCUCUCUGGGCCGCCGUCACUGUCACAGCAAUUCAUCUCAUCACGCUCUCCAGGGCUGGGUAAAGCUGCUAAGCAUCCCUGGGGUGUGUUCUGCCCACCUGAGCCCCAGGCAAUCCCAAUUGCUGCCAUAAUUGCAGAUUAAUGAGGAUCUCCUCGAGGGAACAGACCAUACAGACACCCAUGGGGGUGUGCAAUUCCCUUCUGGAUUUGAGCACCGAGGGGCCUGGGAGGCAGAGGGCUGUUUGGCCACAGCCUGCAGCACUGAUGUGAACUACAGGGUGGGCUGGGGGAGGACCCGUGGUUUUGUUUUAGGAGUUGUUAAACUGUCAUCAGGUUUGCGCUGUGCGCAAAAAAACUGCAAGAAAACGAUGAUGAAAACUUACCUGGUAGAACCUAGGAAUUGUUGUAAAGGCUCUGCAGCCCAGACUCCGUGUAAGUAGCUCGUACAAUGGGAGUACGGUAUCAAUUAAAAGAGAAAUCUAUCCAACA